AUGAGAACUUUCCUCGCCGUUGCGCUCCUCGUUGGCGUGACGAGGGGUCUCUACAUCACCGACGACCGGACCAGAGAUCCAUCUCGUCCUUUACCGCUCCCACCAGAGCAGAGGUCCUUUGGCGACGGUCAUGUUGACCUGAUCCGGCGCCAAAGCGCCACUUCCUCUCAGAAACCAACCCCUUCCAUCCCCGUCGCGCCCUCCACCAUCCCCACGGCACCUCCAUCGCCGGUGCCUACGCCCAUGGACCUGCAGCUCUCUUACGCCCUCUCCACCCCCUGCUUGUCCUACCUCUCCACCCUCCUCUCCUCUUCCACCUUCCGCUCCUGCCUCCCCUUCUCGCUCCUCCUCACCACCUCUACCGGCUUCGCCUCGCUUCUCGCCGCCGCCGACACCUCGGGGAACUAUACCACCCUCAAUACGUUGCUCGCUUAUGUGACGUCCCCCCAACCCUCGAGCGGGGCGUGUGACGACUAUAUGAGCGCGGCGUACGCCAAGAUGGGCGAGAAGAGUACGGGGUGUACGGCGGACCUGACAAAGAGGGGAUCGGCGGUAGAUGCGCGAAUGGGCCUAGGGAGCGCAGGGAUGAUGCGUAAAGCGGCGGGCUUGCGGAAUCCGGACACGGGCAGUUGGUGUUACCUCGAAGCGGUGGCGAGCGAGCGGCCGGAUGAUCUGUACCUUUGGUCUUUGCCGACGGGGAUAGCCCUCCCCCCGUCGACAAAACCCACCUGCUCCAAAUGCUCCUCCCUCCUCCUGAACCACUACACCACCUCCGCAUCCUCCACUCCCUCACUCAAUGGCACUCUUGUCAACUCGGCCAUAACCACAAUCAACGGUGCCUGCGGACCGGGCUUUGCAGAGUACUCGGUACAGCCGCCUACCUCUGGAGCAUCGUCGGCGUCAUCGGCAUCGCGCUCGAUCGGCGGUAUGGCCUUUGGGCUCGCUACUGCUGUGGGACUGAGCUUGACAUUUGGGUUGGCUUGA